AUGUCCAUUCCUAGUGAAAGAAUAGAGUAUCUUUACUCGAUUCGGUCAGUCAGAGAGACCAAUCAGUGCACCGAUAAUCUUAUCGAAGUGGAUAAGCUUACUAAUUUCGAUGUGGACUACCAACAGUUUGACUCCGUGGCCGAUUUCGUUAUCAGCACGAUAAAAUCAAAAUAUCCCACAGAUGAAUCGCUACUUACUAUUCCUAUCCAUGGAAGAUACCAGCACUUUGAAGGAAACAAUAAACCUCGACUAACUGACUUGAUAGCGACUCAAUUCAAGGACUUGACAGAUUUGGAAAUCUGUAAGAAGUUGGUAGAUCUAUUUAUGGUGAGCGUUUUACUUGAUGCUGGAGCUGGGAAUAGUUGGAAAUACGUUGAAGAUGACGGAACUGAAGUAUUGAGAUCCGAAGGACUUGCUGUGGCAACUUUCCAUAUGUUCACAGAUGGCUUGUUUAGCAGCUCUAUAGAUGAUAGGUACGUUGUCAACGGUUCGAAAUUGGCCCAACUCACUACGGAAGAGGUGGAAAAAGGGUUCCAAGUAACUGAGAAUAAUCCGAUUGCAGGUUUUGAUGGCAGAUACCAGAUGAUCAAACAAUUGGGAGAGACCUUGGUAGCCAAUAAGGUCAUCUUCGGUCAAGAUGCUAGACCGGGAAAUAUGAUUGAUUAUCUUAUAGCCAAUAAGGCGAAGAGUAAGACGGAAAAGGGUCAACUCAAACUUGACUUGGAUGAUUUAUGGAUGUGUCUUAUUAAAAGUCUUCAGCCAAUUUGGCCUAGCGAAGGCAGAAUUAGACUCUAUGGUCAAGUCAUCGGUGAUGUUUGGUACCUAAACGAUAGAAUCAACCUUUCCAAAGCUGACUUGGGUAUUGAAAACAUUCCUGAAUGGUCUAAAGUGGUUACUUUCCAUAAGUUAGUUCAGUGGUUGACCUAUUCACUCUUUUUACCACUUCAGAAGUAUGGCCAUUUCGAGAUCUUGAAUUCUAAUUAUAUGACCGGAUUACCCGAAUACCGAAACGGUGGUUUAUUUGUGGAUUUUAAGCUACUUACCCUCAAACCAGAUAGAUUGCGUCAAGGCCUACAAUUCUCUAGGAAAGUUGGCUUCAAUCCAGAAAUCCCCACCUUCACUCCAGAAAACGAUGUUAUAGUCGAAUGGAGAUCAUGUACAAUUUGCUUAUUGGAUAGAUUGUUACCACUAGUCAACAAAAAGAUGGGCAUUACUGGUACUAGGUACGAGUUGACGUUGCCACAAUUGAUAGAGGCCGGUUCCUGGUGUUCUGGCAGAGCUAUUGCAAAGAAACUUAGAGUCGAUGGAGGUCCUCCUAUUGAGCUCUUUGCGGAUGGUACAGUCUUCUAG